AUGGUUAAGGAAAUAUCGCCACCUGCUGGUUUUGGCAUGCUAUUGACAGUGCUUCAUAUCGGGACAAAUUCAUUUUUGACAAACACUGAAGUAUAUGUGCAUUCAACUACAGGUGUAAGUAACAAGAACCAAAGUAAUCAUAUAGAAGAUUUUUUUCAAAGUCUGGGGCUGUCAAGAGUACACACGUUUUUGGUGGGAAUCGCAACUGCAGCAGUCUUCUUCUCUGUGGUGUUGUGUUGUUGGGUGUCUUGCAGAACCAAAAAACCUCAAGUGCUGGCCAUACCAGCAGACUCUGUAGUUCAUUUGGAGGAGGUGCAAACAAACAUAGAUUCGGCUGUAAACGAUGAACAGACCAAUGAAGGGACGCCUCUUCAAAACCAAUUCGAUGUGGAGAUGUCAGGCACACAGGUGGAGAUGACAGGUCCAGCAGAGGAGAAUGAAGCAGGUGGGGCAGAUGUAAAUGUUGAUUAUGCCGCAAUCGAUUACUCGCUUCUGAAGAAGAAAUCACCUGAAGAGAAAGAGGAGGAGACAGCCAACACAGACUAUGCAGAGAUCAAAAGGGAUACGAAUGGAAGAAAAGCCUCUCAGAAUCAAGAUGAUCAAGUUGAAAUAUCUAAUGAAGGAUCCGAAAACCAGAAGCAGAAUCAGGACGAGGAGGAGCUUUAUUCAAAUUCUCAAGCAGUGAAAAGUUUGGCAUAAGGAUGUAUCCAGUUGUUUGCAAUGCGUUUUAUGAACUUUCAAAAAGCAUUUCACAUUUAUUUUUGACAAAUGUUUGAAAUGUCUUAAAUGUGCAUUUAGUGUAAGGAUAUUCACAGAGAAUGUGAAAUGUGACACAGGUCAAGACUUUCAUUAAAAAAUGGAUUAUAUAUUAGUUUGCAUUUCACCUAAAUCUUUUGUAUGUCUUCAGGACACUUAAAAUAAAUGGUGAGUUAUUUUUUAACACUUUGGGUCCUUUUAAAGUUUGAAGAGGCGGUCACCAUCCACUCCCAUAGUAACCAGAAAAACUAAAACACUUAAAAAAAUAAUAAUAAUAAUAAUUCUGAGUUCUGAGGAACAAACAAAGAUCAAAUUACCUGAGGGUGAGAAAUAAGGAGAAAGCUUUAAUUUUUGUGUGAACUAUACAUUUUUUAGGCUUCACUGCUAUCAAAAGCUGCUGAAAUUGUGUUUGCAUUAGUUACAUUUUUUUUUGCAUGCAUCUUGUUGUGUUUAACUGUUUUACUAGUACUUGAAAAUGUUUUUUAAAAAUGCAUAAUUUUUCAGUUUUUAUAAAAUGUUUAAUGUUUAAGUUAAAAUCAUUCUUUGCAGUGAACAUGAAUGACAUACUGUUGUAUAAUAUAUAAUAAUAAUAUUUUUUGGUGUAGCUGUUUGUUGUAUUUAGCACAUAGUAUCUUAGUUAGUUCUUUUUUUGUCAUGUAAUUAUGUUUUAUUAAUUUAUGAGGCCCCAAAAGGCCCAUGAAUUUAGUUUGCUGCAAUAAAACCGAUUCUUAAUUAAAGCCCUUUUGGGAUUGUGAGCCAAUUGCACCCUUUACAUGCACUAUUGGGGAAUUUAUUGACAUAUUAUUUUCCACAUUGGAAAAGUCAAGUGUUAUUCUUUCCCACCAUUUCCAGGUGAUGGGAGAAAACAUUAAC